ACCUGUACAUGCCGUAGUGGCUGGACUGGUCCUAACUGCGACACUUGCUUUACUGGAAAGUGUAAUGCCCUUUCGGUUGUGCUUUAUGUCUUGCCUACUGCUGCUGGAAUUCAUCAAAAAGAUCACGACAUUUUGGUCUUUGGCAAUGAUUUACCUUUCGUACCAUCAAAGCGUUAUACGUGUCUUUACGGCAGCACAGCAUCGGACGGCUUCUACACCUCAUCCUCGUUGGUACGCUGUAAAAUUCCGGAUAUGGCUCUCCCGGGUCGAUAUCUGUUCAAUGUCAUUCCGUACGGUUCCGAUAGAGCAGUCCCAUUUCUGGAUAGACGUCUGAUACAUUUCACUCUAUAUAAUGAAUGCAAUCAGGCAGAGUGUAAAGGAUAUUGUGUUGGAGCCAUAUGUGUUUGUCCAGCGAACCGCGAUGGCUCACUUUGUGAUCAAACAAGGAUUAUUCCAAAAGUCGAUCGUGAAAUUCUGGAUAACGAGAAGGUUACUGAAGCCAUAGAAGGUCAGCCAUUCAGCGUCAAAAUGCCGGCUCAAGUACGUCUGCUUUGA